UUGUAUGUUGUAACCGAAACAGGACGCGCGUGGCUUUGUAAGAAAUGAUUUGACCUGAAAAUUACGCGAGUUUUUUUUUCUGGGUAAUACAUUAAUGUUUUUUUGGUGGUGCGAUUAUUGUGAGGAAAAGUGAGGAAGAUUUUUUUUGGCAAGUAUGCAACCGUGGACUGGAGCCAUCGUCGAAUGGGUGAAUUGCCUGGGAGUUCACCCUUCACCGAUAAAAGACGUGCGAGACCUGGACAGCCCCAUCUUCAAAGCAAUAAUCACCAAAUUAAAGGAUGUGGCCUCUGAAACGUCAGAGGAGGUGUCAGAUUUUCUCUCAAAAAAUUUUCCAGAAUUCCUCCUUAAUGGCCAAACUGAUAACAUUCCCAAUAGCAUUUAUAUUGCGUCGUUGCUGCUCCUGACAACAUCCCAGAAAAUAUCCUUCCACCGUCCCAUGUGCCACCUGCGUAAUGACACCCAGAUCCUCAUAAAAAGAUUCCUGGAGGUCCUCCUACCUUAUGGAAAAAGCAUAACUCGUGAGAUCCUCUUCAGCAUUAUUUCAGAAUUGAGUGAUGCGACUCCACGAACGCCUCCGGUGACUCCAAAAGACAGACCUCUCAGGAAUUUUUUCACAUCUCCAGCUGCCCAGUCAGUCCAUCGCCACCGAAUUCUCAAUGAGAAAACUCGAGAACUUCGGCUGCUCAAGGCAGAGCUGGAAACCGAGAGGUACGAGAAGAUUGAUCUCCAAGAGGAUAUAAAAAAUCGAGAGGAGAAGAUCCAGUCGCUCCAGAAAAAAUUGAAUGAGAAAACACAGGAGCUGAAGGCUUUGAAGGCUGACAAAAUCGGACCUCAUACCCCCCAGUCUACCAGGAAGAACAAGAAAGUGGUAGAUGUGGAGGUGAUGUUGAAGAAGGAGAUCCAGCACUUGGAGAAUUUUAAUUCAACCCUGCAGAGUCAAUUGGAUGAAUUGGAGAAUGAGAAGGAGGAAAUGCUAAGGAAAUUGACUUCGAAGGAGAGAUUGACUCAGGGGCUCAAGGAGAAGGUGGAGAUGUUCGAGAGAAAUCAGGAAGCUCUGGGGAUUCAGCUGGACCAGAAAUCCACUGAACUCUUGGAUCUACGCCUGCAGAAUGAGGAAUUGAGGUCUCACAUCAAGGACAUGCAGAGGUGUUCUCUUGAUGUUGACCACAGUUUUGAGGUUGAUAUUGUUUCAUUGUCUCGUUCACCAACCCCCGGAUUGAACACGAGUGAAGCCUUGAGUUCUAUUGUUGAUAUUCAACUGCAGGAAGCCAGGGAGGAGUCGGAUAAACUCAGAUGUCGAUUGGCUAGUCUGCAGCAGAGGCUGGAUGAGGCUCUCAGAGACUGCGAGGGGUUCAGGCAAGUCAAUGGAGAGCUCAUCCUCAAAGCUGAUCAUUUGGUUGUCGUUGAGGCGAGGCUGGGGAAAACAGCAGAUGAGCUGGAGAGAGUGGUGGAGAAAACAAAAACGCUGGAAAAGGAGAAAAGCGAAUUUGAGAAGGAAGUGGAGAGGCUCCAGGAUGAACUGGCAUCUAAAGAGGUUCUCCUGAAGAGCACCACCGAGAACUGCAGAUUAUUGAAUAUUAAGGUCGAAGAACAGCUGGGAAUAAUCUCCAAAAUAAAUGACAACCUUCUGACGUUAAAUUCAUCAUUGAGGAAUCAGGAGGAGGAGAUAAGGCAAAUAAAUUGUGACAAAGAAGGACUCCAAAAUGAUUUGGAGGAUUCUAACCGAAGGAUUGAUGAGCUGGAGAGCUCUCUAGCUUCGGAAAUUUCGAGAUCCUCAGAGAUAUCCAGAUCAUCUGGAGAGAACAUUAGAAUCCUGGAGGAAAAAGUCUCGGAAUUGGAGUCUGAGCGACAAAUAUUAAGGAUAAGUGUGGAAGAAAAGACAAUUGCACUCGAAGAGGCCCUCAAGACCUUAAACGACAAGCUGAUGGUAAUAAAUUCAAUGACAGACCUUGUGGAGGGACUCCAGAGCCAACAGAAGAAGCAGGAGAUGACUCUGAGAGAACUAGAGAUGAAACUCUGUGAGUUGAGCGAAUUGAAAGAGGAAUUGCAGAGUCAAGUGGACGCGGAACGCACGAAUUCCGUCAGGAUAUCUACAGAGAAAGAAAAUUUGCACCAGAGCUUUCUCCAUACUGACAACGAGAGGAAAAAAUUGCUGGAGCAGGUGGCGGGCAUGCAGUCGGUGCUAGAAGAGAUGACGGAAAAGGUGGAGGAACUUGAUAAGCAGAGGAGGACGAAUGAGGAAAAGUAUUUGAGAGCCUCGGAAAAGGUCCAACUGCUGCAGUCGGAAAGUGAGAAACUCAAUGCCGAGCUCUCCUCUGCUAUUUCUGAAAUGUCGAGGCUCAAAGAACUCCAGGAAAAUCUCGAGAACCAACUGACGCAAGAGCAGGAGAGCUCCAUGAAGCUCAUCACUGAGAAAGCCACUUUGGAGCACGGGUUAUCGCAAAUGUCCCGCGAAAAUUCUGAUCUGAAUCAAAAGGUGGCUGAUCUCAAUGGUCAGUUGAAUAAAACACUGCAGGAAAUGCAGGACCUGGAGAAUCAGCAUGGAGAUCUCAGUGAAAAUCAUCGGCAGACUGUGGCGAAGGUUCAGACGCUGGAAGCAGAGGUGUCCAGGGGUAAUGAACAGUUAGCGAGGCUCAGCCUCGAAAUUUCUGAACUGAACACACAGAUUAGUGACCUGGAGGGACUGCUGCAGGAGGAGAAAAGCUGCGUGGGAGGUCUUCUCCAAGAAAAAUCGACUCUAGAGAACGAAUUGUCUUCCUCUGAAAAUGACAGGAGAGAUUUGGUCGAACGGAAUUCGUUCCUGCAGGAGAAUUUGAAGAAUUCUGAGAGGACGACUGAGGAAAUUCGAAGACAGUCUGAGGAAUUGAAGUGUCUGAUUGAACAGUUGAAUUUGGAAAUUUCAGAGCAGAAAAAGAUUCAGCAGAGACUGGAGGAUGAACUCGAGGGGACACGUGACCAGAUGAAAACUAUAGGGGAUGAGAAAAUGGGGAUCACUUCGAAAUUGUCGAAGGCUCUUGAGGACAAAGAGAAUUUGACCGAAAUUUUGGGAUUGGUGGAAGAAAAAUUAACUAGAGCUCAAGACAAAAUCGAUGGAAUUGAAAAAGAUUAUGAGGAGAGUGAGAGGAGAAAUUCUGAGGCAGUCGAAAGGAUCAUGUCGAUGACUUCGGAGAUAGGCAAAUUGAACACGAAAUUGAAUGAUGCGGUUGCAGAAGGACAGGCUCUGCAGGGGAAAAUGAACCGUCUGUCUCAAGAGACUACCUUAGAAAUUUCUGAAUUAAAAACGGUGCAUGAAAAUUUGAGGAGUCAAUUGGAAAAAGCAUGUGAAUCCAAUCGAGUUUUUGCCGACGAAAAAUCAUAUUUGACUUUCGAAUUAUCAAGCUUGACAGAAACUAAUAAAAAUCUGGUUGAGAACUUGACGUUGAAUGAAGAAAAAUUGCGAGAAUCUGAUCGAAAGAUCGAGGAACUCGAGGCGCAUUCGAAGGAAUUGCAACAGAAACAGGAAAAAACGGAAGGAAAAAUUCAAAAAAUAGUUUCAGAAUUUGAAAAUUUGACAUUGGAAUUAAAAACAACAACUUCAGAACGAGAGGCUGUGCAAAAUGAAUUGAGUAAGCAGAUUUCAGAGCUUGAGGAUCAAUUAAAAGCAGAGAGAGAAUCCAAUGAAGGUCUUACAAAUGAAAAUUCAUCUUUGAUGACCCGAUUAUCGAAAUUGAAGAGGAAAAAUGAAGAUUUGAUCGAGAAAUUGAGGGGAAGUGAAGGAAAAUUGGGAGAACUGGAACAAAAUAUACAGGAAAUUCGAGUCAAUCAUGAGGAACUCCAGCAAAAAUGCACACAGUCUUCCGAAACAAUUAUUUUCCUCAACUCCGAGAUUGAAAAAUUAAAUUUCCAACUGCAGGAAAUGACUCUCUCUCGGGAUUGUGCACAGAAAAAUUUGACAGACGUGACAAAACGACUUGAAAUAUCACGAACAGAAUCAGAGAAAUAUGACAAGAUACUGGAGGAGUCCACAGCCACCAUAAAACGUCUCGAAGAGCUUCUCCAGGAUAAAGAGAUUUAUUCGAAGGAGAUGAUCAGUUCUAUGGAGAAACGGCUCCUUGUGGCUCAGAACACACAUGAAUCUCUGACACUAGACCAGAAAUUGAAAGAGGAAACGAUUGGAAUUCUCCAAUCAAAACUUGAGGCCAUAACGAAAGAGAAGAUCGAGUCAGAGUUGAAAUUAAAAGAGAUCAUCGUAAACCUCCAAGAAAUUCGUGAGAGUCAGGAGGCAUUGGUGGAGACCCAGUCGAAGGCAUUAUCCCAGAAAAAUCUUGACCUUGAAUCCCUCGAGAAGGACCACCUGACACUCAAACAUACUCUCAAGGAGACAACUAAUCUCCAGAAUUUGAAGAACUCUGAAUUAAUUAAAGAAUUGGAGAUCCUGCAGCAGUCGCAGGAGCACUCUUCUAAGGAAAUUGAAGAACUCCAGAAAUAUUUACAGACAGAAAGGGAGGAAUUAAAAUCUCUGAAGGAACAGCUUCACAUAAACGAAGAGGAAAAAUUGAAAAUGAUUGAAAUGUCAAAAUUGUUGGCAUCAAAAUUAUCGAGAUUAAUCAGUGUAAUUACAAUUGACGAUUCGAUUGUUCUUGAAGAAAAUGAGAAAGAACUGGAAGACAUUGAUCACUCGUUCGAGGAUCCUGCCCUCCAGGCGUUGUCAAAAACCCUCAAGCCUCUUGUGGAAUCGACUAGAUCGAGUGAAAAAAUUCUGUCAAUACUUUAUGAAGAGAGGAAAAAAAUGGUGGAAGACCUUGAGGAAGAGAAACUCAAGUCUGAACGAGUGUUCAAGGUGCAGCAGAAAGCCCAGAAGCUUUCUGAAGACAUUGAUUUACUGGAAUCCGCUCAGAAGCAUCAACAAGAGUCAGUUCUCGCUCUGCUGUCUCGAAAACAACGUCUUCAGGAUUUACUAAACCAAGUUAUCACAUCCAGAGAUGAAAUAGAGAGAUCACUGUCCUCUCUCCGUACCUGCUGGACGACGAUUUCCCUCGAAAAGCAGUCACUCCUGUCAGGAAGUCCCUCAGCAUGCGACGAAGUGAAGCAUCUGGACACCAAGAAAUUGGAAAUUGAGCGGAUGAUCAAUGAAAUUACUGAGCGUCACACCAGUAGUUUCCAACCUUUGAUGAAAGGUCUCUCUGGAAUCUGCAUCUGGUCUAGACAACAACUUGAACAAAUUUCGGGCAUUCCCUCCGUUAAAACCGAACCCAAAGACAUCAAAUUAAAUUUAUCCCCUGAAAGUCAGCAAAAAGAUGAUCCUGACGAGGUGAAACCGAAAUCAUCCAUAAAAAAAUUCACAGAUGAAUUCUCUGACCCCGUAAUCGAUCCACCAUCGUCAGAAUCUCUUCUCAACUCGGAACUCCAAAAGAACAUGGAAAUCCAGAACGAUGUGGUCCUUCUCCUGUCAAAAAUCGAUGAUUUCAAGACCCUGAUGAGCUGCUACGACUCGAAUCUGAAGUCUGGAGUGGUGAAACGAGAACCGACAGCUGAGGAGAAGCUCCAGACUCAGGUGGAUCGUCUUAACAAGGAAAAGAAGGAAAUGAAGGAAAAGCUCGAUGCCAUCAGAGUUCGAAAUGCGAAAAUGGAGAAAAAUAUGGACGAGCUGAGGGCGGAAAACAAGAAAUUGAAGACAGAAGUGACUUCAGCAACUGCAGACUCCUCAGAAAUCGAGAGGGUCGUCUCCCUGAACGACCAAUUGAAGAGAGAAAAUGACGAGUUGAAGAGAUUGAAGGAAGAACUUGAGAAAAGUCCAAACAAUGGGGAUUUCGAUGUGAAAUUGAAACAGGUGCAUGAAGAGUACGGGCAAAAGCUGGAGAAAAUCAAGCAGAAGAUGAAGUUGGCGUACAACGAGCAGGCAACGAAGAUGCAGAUGGAGCAGGACAGGGUAAUUCGGGAGAAGGUGGCUGUAUUGAAGGAGAAAAUGGAGGAAAUGAUGAAGGAGAGAAUGGAGACACAGUGCCGGAAGUACACUGUGGACAUCAACAAGUACAAAGCGCACGUUAAGGAAUUGUCGUCACAGUACUGGGACGUGGGGGAGAAAUUACUGGCUGAACAGCAGGAGAAGGAAGUGGCAUUCCAAAGACUCAAGGAACUCCAGAGAAAGCACCAGUUGGCAAUUGCUGAGGCCAGUCAUCAGUUGAUUUCCUCACAGAGUCAAAUGAGGUCAGCAAGCCUCGACAGGGGCUUCGAUCAUAAUCGCAGUGACAUGGGAAUCAGGUCCGGACUCAGAGCUUUUCAGAUUGUCGAGGAGCAGACGACUACAAGGAGACAGAGUGUCAAGAGCAUUCAGGCGAUGGGAAAUGCAUUCAAGGCUGAGGACGAGGAUGAGAUCUUUGAUAAUGUCUAUUUGGCGGAUCUGAAAGAAGGCCAGUUCCGGGCUAUCGAGCCUCACACUGAUUUCGACAGGCUUUCGGAGCUCAGAAUGAGGAAUUCCCUCUGCAGGCCUCAUCUUAAGAGUUCGUACGCUGUUGAGACUCAUCUACAUCCUGCUACACUCACUGAGGAAGAUAUCAAGAGUGGGCCACAUGAGGAUAUAUUCAAUGACAGUCUCAGUCAGAGUCUGCUUCCCGGACAAAAGGCCAAAAAACGAGACAGAACUCAGACGUCUUAUAAACGUCCAGGACCUCCCACACCAAGUAAAAAUGGUGGCAGACUUUCCCUGCAGGGUAACGAAUUGAAGAGUCCGAAUUCGAGAAUUCUGAAGGAGAAAAAUAUUGACAGGAGAACAACAGCAACACCGAAACGGCUGAAGGAUUUCUUCGGAAGUUCUCUGUCGAGACGUCAGGACGAGAAUGCUCCGAGUACUCCGAAAGGUCGUCGACUCAGUAGUAUAUUUCGCAAGCCGAAAACGGAAAGGAGCUAAAAAAAUUCCCCAAGUUUGAAUAAUUCCUAUUUUUUUUUAUAAUCUUUAUUACAAAAAAAAAUAAUAAUGU